CUGCCUUACCACUCUACCAAGUCGAGUGAACCUAAACUAGACCCCAAGGGCACGACAGCAACGCUCAACAAAUUUCUAUGCCAUGCUUUCUCUCCUGUAUGCGCCACAACCGAAUAUCACUGCGGGUUACGCAGCUCCGCGCAGCCACUCAGUCCCUAUGUCGCACCCCCACCCAAUGCUAAAUCCAUCCUAUCUGCGUUCAAUACCCCAUUCGACCCACAUGAACUGGAGCACCCAGUCGUCCAUCCUAGAAAGGAUGGACAAGCAUUCUUCGUCACAAAUGGAGAAGCGUUCGGUAUCUUAGACUUU